AGCGCAGCGCGGUGCAGCCCUGCCAAGCUUGGCGAGCGCAAGCGGCACGGCGGGCGUCAGCGGCGGGACGCUUGGGGCCAGCGAGGCUGAGCGCGGCCGGAGGCUGAGACCAGCUUUCCCAGACGAACUACCAAUCGGCUUGCCCACGUCCGGGGAGCUUGCUGGGCCCAUCAGUGUGCUACCCGACCGCGCCGGCUGCUGCGCUCCUGGCCUACGAAUCGUGGCACUGUCUCGGCUACCGACCCGGAGGGAGCACUCUGCCAGGAUGGGAGCUGCUCACAGGCCAGACGUCUCCUUCAAGGCAAUGCUGACAAUCAGCUGGUUCAUCCUGGCCCACUUCCCUGACCCCGCAUCCACAGUGGCAGCUGAGUGCCCUGAUCAGUGGCCAGAGCUGCAGCCCUGGAACCCUGGCCAUGACCCGGACCACUGUGUGUACAUUGGCCAGGGCAGAACCCUGCUGCUCACCUCUUCGGCCACAGUCCAGUCCAUCCACAUCUCAGAGGGAGGAAAACUAGUCAUUAAAGACCAAAACGAGGCCAUUGUUCUGCGCACCCGGCACAUCCUGAUUGACAACGGGGGAGAAAUGCAUGUUGGGAGUGCCCUCUGCCCCUUCCAGGGCCAUUUUAGCAUCGUUUUGUAUGGAAGGGCUGAUGAAGGCACCCAGCCGAACCCUUACUUUGGCCUCAAGUACAUUGGCGUGGACAAAGGAGGUACCCUUGAGUUGCAUGGGCAGAAGAAGCUCUCUUGGACCUUUCUGAACAAGACUCUUCACCCAGGUGGCAUGGAGGAGGGAGGCUAUUUUUUUGAAAGGACCUGGGGUCACCGUGGCAUCAUUGUUCAUGUCAUCGACCCCAAAUCAGGGACCGUCAUCCAUUCUGACCGGUUUGAUACCUAUAGAUCCAAGAAAGAGAGUGAACGUCUGGUCCAGUAUUUAAACGCAGUGCCUGACGGCAGGAUCCUCUCUGUUGCGGUGAAUGAUGAAGGGUCUCGAAACCUGGAUGACAUGGCCAGGAAGGCAAUGACCAAACUGGGGAGCAAACACUUCCUUCACCUUGGAUUCAGACACCCUUGGAGUUUCAUAACUGUGAAAGGAAAUCCCUCUUCUUCCGUGGAAGACCACAUUGAGUAUCACGGACACCGUGGCUCCGCGGCUGCCCGGGUAUUCAAGCUCUUCCAGACGGAGCAUGGCGAGCAUUUCAACGUCUCUUCAUCCAGCGAGUGGGUUCAAGAUGUGGAGUGGACAGAAUGGUUCGAACAUGACCAAGUGUCUUAUGCUAAAGGCGGGGAGAAAAUUUCAGACCUCCGGGCUGUGCACCCAGGAAAAAUCUGCAAUCGCCCCAUCGAUAUUCAGGCCACUACAGUGGAUGGAGUGAACCUUACCACCGAGGUUGUCUACAAGAGAGGCCAGGAUUAUAAGUUUGUGUGCUAUGACCGGGGCCAAGCCUGCCAGAGCUACCGUGUGCGGUUCCUCUGCGGGAAGCCGGUGAGGCCCAAACUCACCGUCACCAUUGACACCAACGUGAACAGCACCAUCCUGAAUCUGGAAGACAAUGUGCAAUCAUGGAAGCCCGGAGAUACCCUGGUCAUUGCCAGUACGGACUAUUCCAUGUACCAGGCAGAAGAGUUCCAGGUGCUUCCCUGCAAAGCCUGUGCCUCCAACCAGGUCAAAGUAGCAGGGAAACCAAUGUAUCUGCACAUCGGGGAGGAGAUAGACGGUGUAGACAUGCGGGCCGAGGUUGGGCUCCUGAGCCGGAACAUCGUGGUGAUGGGGGAGAUGGAGGAUAAAUGCUACCCCUACAGCGACCACAUCUGCGACUUCUUUGACUUCGACACCUUUGGGGGCCACAUCAAGUUUGCACUGGGGUUCAAGGCCGCACACCUGGAGGGCGUGGAGCUGAAGCACAUGGGCCAACAGCUGGUGGGUCAGUACCCAAUUCACUUCCACCUGGUGGGCGAUGUGGAUGAAAGGGGAGGCUACGACCCGCCCACAUACAUCAAGGGCCUCUCCAUCCACCACACCUUCUCUCGCUGUGUCACCGUCCACGGUUCCAAUGGCUUGUUGGUCAAGGACGUGGUGGGCUAUAACUCUUUGGGCCACUGCUUCUUCACGGAAGAUGGGCCAGAGGAACGCAAUACCUUUGACCACUGCCUUGGCCUCCUUGUCAAGUCUGGGACCCUCCUCCCCUCCGACCGCGACAGCAAGAUGUGCAAGAUGAUCACCCAAGACUCCUAUCCCGGCUACAUCCCCAAGCCCCGGCAGGACUGCAAUGCUGUGUCCACCUUCUGGAUGGCCAAUCCCAACAACAACCUCAUAAACUGUGCUGCUGCAGGAUCCGAGGAAACUGGAUUUUGGUUCAUUUUUCACCACGUCCCAACGGGCCCUUCAGCCGGAAAGUACUCUCCAGGUUAUUCGGAGCACGUCCCACUGGGGAAAUUCCAUAACAACCGAGCACACUCCAACUACCGGGCUGGCAUGAUCAUAGACAAUGGAGUCAAAACUACAGAGGCUUCUGCCAAGGAUAAGCGGCCCUUCCUCGCUAUCAUCUCCGCCAGAUACAGCCCCCACCAGGAUGCUGACCCGCUGAAGCCCCGGGAGCCAGCCAUCAUCAAGCACUUCACCGCCUACAAGAACCAGGACCACGGGGCCUGGCUGCGUGGUGGGGACGUUUGGCUGGACAGCUGCCGGUUUGCUGACAAUGGCAUCGGCCUGACCCUGGCCAGUGGUGGAACCUUCCCGUAUGAUGACGGUUCCAAGCAGGAGAUCAAGAACAGCCUGUUUGUUGGCGAGAGUGGCAACGUGGGGACAGAGAUGAUGGACAACAGGAUCUGGGGCCCGGGCGGCUUGGACCACAGCGGAAGGACCCUCCCUAUAGGCCAAAAUUUUCCGAUCCGAGGCAUUCAGUUCUACGACGGCCCCAUCAACGUCCAGAACUGCACUUUCCGCAAGUUUGCGGCCCUGGAGGGCCGGCACACCAGCGCCCUGGCCUUCCGCCUGAACAACGCCUGGCAGAGCUGCCCCCAUAACAACGUCACCAACAUUGCCUUUGAGGACGUCCCGAUUACUUCCAGAGUGUUCUUCGGAGAGCCUGGACCCUGGUUCAACCAGCUGGACAUGGACGGGGAUAAGACGUCGGUGUUCCACGACGUGGAUGGCUCCGUGUCCGAGUACCCUGGCUCCUACCUCACCAAGGACGACAACUGGCUGGUCCGGCACCCAGACUGCAUCAAUGUUCCCGACUGGAGAGGCGCCAUAUGCAGCGGGCGCUACGCACAGAUGUACAUUCAGGCCUUCAAGACCAGUAAUCUGCGGAUGAAGAUCAUCAAGAAUGACUUCCCUGGCCACCCUCUCUACCUGGAGGGGGCCCUGACCAGGAGCACCCACUACCAGCAGUACCAGCCCGUCAUCACCUUGCAGAAGGGCUACACCAUCCACUGGGACCAGACGGCCCCUGCCGAGCUCACCAUCUGGCUCAUCAACUUCAACAAGGGCGACUGGAUCCGAGUGGGGCUCUGCUACCCCCGGGGCACCACCUUUUCCAUCCUCUCGGAUGUUCACAAUCGCCUGCUGAAGCAAACGUCCAAGACGGGCGUCUUCAUGAGGACCUCACAGAUGGAAAAAGUGGAGCAGAGCCAUUCUGGCAGGAGCCACUACUACUGGGACGAGGACUCGGGGCUGCUGUUCCUGAAGCUGAAAGCUCAGAACGAGAGAGAGAAGUUUGCUUUCUGCUCUAUGAAGGGCUGUGAGAGAAUAAAGAUUAAAGCUCUGAUCCCAAAGAACGCAGGCGUCAGUGACUGCACGGCCACAGCAUACCCCAAGUUCACCGAGAAGGCCAUCGUGGACGUGCCGAUGCCCAAGAAGCUCCUUGGUUCUCAGCUGAAGACCAAAGACCACUUCUUGGAGGUGAAGAUGGAAAGUUCCAAGCAGCGCUUCUUCCACCUCCUGAACGACUUUGCUUACAUCGAAGUGGAGGGAAAGAGGUACCCCCUCGUGGAAGAUGGCAUCCAGGUGGUGGUGAUUGAUGGGAGGCAUGGGCACGUGGCGAGCCAGGCGAGCUUCAGGAACGCCAUCCUGCAGGGCAUCCCCUGGCAGCUCUUCAAUUACGUGGCGGCCAUCCCUGACAAUUCCAUAGUUCUCGUGGCAUCAAAGGGAAGAUAUGUCUCCAGAGGCCCAUGGACCAGAGUGUUGGAAAGUCUCGGGGCAGACAAGGGAGUCAAAUUGAAAGAGCAAAUGGCAUUCGUCGGCUUCAAAGGCAGCUUCCGGCCCACCUGGGUGACUCUGGACACGGAGGACCAUGGUGCCAAAAUCUUCCAAGUUGUGCCCAUCCCCGUGGUGAGGAAGAAGAAGCUGUGAGGACGGCUGCCACCCGGUGCUGCCCCACGGUGGACUCUGACAGUGGACUCUUGGCGGCAGCCCAGCCCUGUCCAGCGACUGGCUGGGACGGCCAGGUGUCAACCCUGAUGCGCCACGAGCAGGAGGUCGGAGAGCCCUGGUGCUGCCACCUGCUCCUACUCAAGUGUCUACCUGCAGCCCCGGAAGGCCGUGGGCUGAGGCUGGAAACCUUUCCUUUCCUGCAGCCUCUUGGGUGCUUCUCUCCUCUCUGUGCCUCUUCAGUGGCGGGGUGGGGACCACACGAGGAGACCAGGGCUGUGCUGGCCACAGGGGGCUCUGCUGGCCACAGAGGUCCACUUUGGCGGCAGUCUUGCUCCAACUAGGAGGCAGCCUGGGGUGGGGGGGGGGCGGGGUCAUUCACCAAUGCCCAUGCUCUCAGCACACACGUAAGGGUGGUAGAUGCAGGGAAAAGAGCCCUGGUCCUAAGGAAAUCUUCACUCCUCUAAGCAAGGACUAACCUCCAUGGGAUUCAGAGCCAGCGCGCAGACAGAGCGCGCAGAGACGGAACCCGCCACCCUUUGGGAAGGGUGAGCCUGUCUCCGGAGGGCCUCAACCUUCCUGGAGACUUGGGGACCCAGGUUGGGAGCGGGACUAGGUGACUUUUAAAGGCCCUUUCAGUUCUGAGAUGCCACAAGUCUGUGGCUUUUCACAUUGUGCCUGGAACCCAGCAGUGGGUGAGAACAUUUCUUUGAGCUGCUAUCCAUCAUGCUGGGCGCUCGGGGCAUUCAGGAUGAAGCGGGAAAAGUAAUGCUUAGGGCAGGGGGCUCGCAGUCCAGCAGGAUGGGUGGCUAGGUGUAUGUGCCCUCUGAUGCCAGGUGGAGAGAACGAAAUGAGAUGGAAUGGAGGCCAAUGCCAGUUUCCAGGGGAAAGCUUAUGUACUCGGGUGGGUCAGGAAGCUUCCUGCAGGAGGAGGCCACAGGGCUGGCAGGAAUGAAGGGCAGGGGUAUUUGGGUGGGCAGGGAUGGGGCAGCCUCUGGAGUGGUUCAGAGGUUGAGCUCUUUCUGCCAGCAGCUGCCAAAGCUGGGUGACUGCAAAGCCCUUUGCCCUCAACUUGCUAGCCCAGCCAUCAUGCAGGAGCAGGAUUCAGAAGGGAGGGAUGGAGGCUCAAAGGGUUAAGGAUCUGGUGUUGUCACUGCAGUGGCUCAGGUCACUGUUGUGGCACAGGUUCAAUACCUAGCCCAGGGAUGUCCACAUGCCAUGGGUACAACGAAAAAAAAAAAAAAGAAAAAAGGGAAGAAUGGAGGGCUGAACCAGCCAGCCCCACCAGUGACUCCAAGAAAGGGUGGAGUCAAGUUGAGAAAGGUGAGCUCCCAUCUGCUCUGGGGCCCUGAGAGCCCUGCAGAGCCCCGUGGGUGUGCUCACACCUCAGUGGCUGGGGCUCCAGAGCUGGAAAGAACCUUAGGAAAUAUCUAGUCCAAAGCUUUCAUCUUAGAGAUGGGACUGAUGAGACCCCGACAGGGAAGAACCACACGGCCAGGGCAGGGCCAGGACGGGAGCCCCACUCCCAGCACUUGCUGCCAACACCACACUGCCUCAGCAGCCAUCCUGGGUGUCCAGGCACUUCUGGAGGAGCUUUCCAAUGCAGGCAAGUCCCCUUGAGGGGAAAAACAAAAUGAGCAGAAUAGAAAGAGAAUUGGCGGAUGACUGUUUCUCUCCGGACCCUCUACGCACACAAAGGCACCCUCCUCUGGGCUGUGGCGGUCCUGCAGACCCCCACUUGGCUCAAAAGACCUGCCUUCCGGAGCGGCCUCCCGCAGCUGCCACAGCUCCGUUGGUGCUACUGUCUCUGCAGGUCUUGCAGGUGCACCCAGCAGUCAGCGUCAGGGCACACGGACACAUCUUUGGUGAGCCAGCUAGGUGGCUUUCUGAGGUCUUGGAGAGCUUUCGGUCCACCCAGGCCCUCUCAGCCACUGCCUCAUAACUUUCCUUCUCCCUUGCCCACCUUGGAGAAGCCAGGAGAACUGGAAAAAAACAAAACUGUGGUUUAUACUCUCCUGAGGGACCAGGGUCGCUCUGGGUUUCUUGGUGGCUGCAACUGUCCCCUUCUCUGCCCCAACCACAAAGUCUUUUCUUCCUUGGCUCCAUCUGCCCAGCUGCAGCCAUAAGACUCAGCCUGCCGGUCCACUCACCAAGUUAGGCCAGCUGCCCAAGAGGUCCCACUAACCAGGUCUUUCAGCUGCUAGGAGGUGACUGUGGGUCUCCGCCUCUUAAGACAAGGCAGCUUCAAAGGCCCAUGUCCCAGGAAGGGCCUCUUCCAGACAGAUCAGAGGCCAUGGGAAGGAGAGUUAAAAUGACCUCAUAUUCUUCUUGUCUUUAGCUCUGUUGAGUUUUUCUGAGCUCUUAAUGCAAGGGUCUCACACUGUGAACCGCUUAGGAGGAGAUGGCCUCAGAUGGCUGGGAAUGUUGACUGUCUUUGGUUCAGGAAUGUUGCCUGUCAUGGAAAAGAUAUCUAUUUGAAAAUCCUCAGAGUUGUCCAUAUGUCUAACAGCACAGGAUCUGUGCCGAAGACUCUCCUUCUAAACCAUUCACCAAGAGCCAAGUCCAGGCAUGUUCUUGGUAGCACAAAUUUUCUUAAUGGCUUAGAAAAUUGUUCUUGUUAUUCUGUUUGCAAGCAUCAAAAUGAGUUAGGCCUUAAAAACAAACAAACAAAACAAAACAAACACACUCCUCUGAAAUGCGUGUCUUUCCUGUUGCCGAAAUAGCUGGUCCUUUUUCGGGAAUUAGAUGUACAGCGUGUUUUGUAUGUAAACAUUUCUUGUAGGCGUCACCACCGUGAACAAAGAUAUAUUUUUUAUUUAUUUAUUCUAUAUGCACUUCGAGAAGUCAUUGUCAGAGAAAUGAAGAAUUGUCUUAAAUGUCAUGUUUGGGGAUGUCCUUUGGACCGCUUGAAAGGGGUAUACCCAGAGCCUUCUGCUUGCAGCAGAGGCCAUCGGCUCUGAUUUGGAAAAUCUUGCUGUACCAUAGUAAACACACAAAGGAUGUCA